AUGGGAUGUUCUAAUUCAAAGUUGGGUAGUUACGAUGACCCCGUUAAGAUCUGCAAAGACAGGAAACGCUUCAUCCAACAAACAGUGGAACACAUGACUAACUUUGCUUCUGCUCACACUGCUUAUAUCAAGUCUCUAAGAAACGUUUCAAACGCUUUACGUGAAUUCCUCCAAGAAGACGUCGAGCCUCACGAGUUCAAAACUAGUUACUUGAUAUCUAGAGGAACCAGACCCCUCCAGGUUCAAGAGACACCACCUGAGAUUUACAAGGUUGAGAGUUACGAAGCAGAUGGUUUCUUAGAGAUGAACAUACACAUGAACCCACCGAACUCUCCACAGAGCUCUCAGUGGAACGACUUCUUUUGGAAUCCCUUAACGUCAUAUGAAUAUAACGGAUACAACUAUUAUAACGAGAGUGCUAUGGAAGAUGAGAUGAGGAGAAUCCGUGAGGAAGAAGGGAUCCCUGAUCUUGAAGAAGAUGAUGGUCAUGAUCAUCAUAACAUGAAAGCAUCAGAAGAUUGUAAUGGAAUAAAGAUGAAUCAAGAAGAUGAAAUAGAACAUGUUAAUGAGGAGAAGGAGAGGGGCAUUGAGGUUACAACAGAUGAUGGUCAUGAUCAUCAUAACAUGAAAGCAUCAGAAGAUUGUAAUGGAAUAAAGAUGAAUCAAGAAGAUGAAAUAGAACAUGUUAAUGAGGAGAAGGAGAGGAGCAUUGAGGUUACAGCAGAUGAUGCAAAAAGAGAAGAGACAAAUGUGUGUUUAAACAGAAAGCCAACGAGCAUGGGAGAAGUUAUUAAAGAUCUUGAAGAUCAGUUUACAACGAUAUGUAACUCUGCUAAUGAAGUUUCAGGUUUACUUGAAGCUAAUAAAGUGGAAUGCACAACCUCAUCAAGGCUCUUGAUGAGCUCUGAAAGCAGCAGUGUCAUUUCAGAAGAGUCUCGUGUGUUACCUGGUCAUCAAGCAACAUUGGACCGACUUUACUUGUGGGAGACGAAACUCUAUGAUGAAGUCAAGUCAGGAGAACGUGUAAGGAUUGCAUAUGAGAAGAAAUGUUUGGCUCUAAGGAAACAUGAUCUGAAAGGAGAUGAGUCUUCCUCUAUUGAUAAAACAAGAGUUAUGGCCAGAGAUCUAGACAUUAAGUUUAAGGUUUAUAUACACUCAAUAGAGUCUAUCUCUGCAAGGAUAGAGACUCUUCGUGAUCAAGAACUGCUUCCGCAGAUUCUUGAGCUUCUUCAAGGAUUAACUAGGAUGUGGAAAGUGAUGGCAGAGUGUCAUCAGAUACAGAAGAGAACGUUGGAUGAAGCCAAGCUAUUACUUUCAUCAACCUUGCCUCAUCUCAAGAAGAUCAACAUUGAGAGGUUAGCUGGAUCGGCUUUAAAGUUAGUGACUCAGCUACAAAGAUGGAGAGCUUGCUUCCAAGCAUGGAUCACCUCUCAGAGGUCAUACGUGUGUUCUUUAACCGGAUGGUUACUAAAAUGUAUCAGAGGCGACACUGACCCAGAGAAAGUCAAAUUACCAACGUCCCCUUACCAAUUAUUUGAAGUCUGCAUAGGAUGGUCAAGGCUCCUCAAUGGGUUAAACGAGAAGCAUGUGGUGGAAAAACUUGACUUCUUUAACUCUUGCAUGGGUUCAAUCUUUACAACAGAGGGCAUGGAGCUUGAUGAAGUUGCUAAGUUGGAGAAGAUGGCUGAGAUUGCAGUUAAAGUAGUCUGCAAUGGAAUGUCAGUUGCAGUGAGCUCACUAGCUGAGUUUGCAAUCACCUCAGCUGAUGAACACUUGAAGCUCGUUAACCACACUUCAGAGCAGCAAGUAAAGGUGGAUAACGUGGAGUAG